AUGCCGCCCGCCAACACCCCCCAAAACAAAUCUUCCGAGCGCAACGAAUACAUCCCCUCCUUCAUCGCCAAGAAACCCUUUUACAUCGACGACGCCACAGCCUCCGACUCCGACUACCUCGAACAUCAACGUCUCCAGUCCGACGCUCUCAACACCAAGGACUCCCUCGCAACCGCGGAAUGGUAUGCGCGAGGUUCCAAGAAAGGCCCCGCAGCGACCAAAUACCGCAAAGGCGCGUGCGAUAAUUGCGGAUCUCUAUCUCACAAGGAAAAAGAUUGUCUGCAAAGGAAGAGAAAAGCGGGAGCGAAGUGGACGGGAAGGGAUAUCGCUGCGGAUGAAGUCAUCAAGGAUGUGAAACUAGGGUGGGACGCGAAGAGGGAUCGGUGGAAUGGGUUUGAGGCGGGAGAGUAUGGGGAGGUGGUGAGAGAGUUUGAGGAAGUGGAGGCCAUGCGCUUGGCAGCAGCGAAGAAGGAUGGUGAGGGGGAGGGUGAGGAUGGGGAGGAUGGAGCAAAAUAUGAAGCCGAGACGGACAUGGGGAGGUCUCAGAAGAACUCGACAAGAAAUUUGAGAUUGAGAGAGGAUACGGCAAAGUAUUUGAAGAAUCUCGAUUUGGAGUCGGCGAGGUAUGAUCCCAAGACGAGAAGUAUGGAGGCUGGAGCGGAGGGUGCGGCAGGGAAUGAUAUGGUUGCAGAGGAAGGGUUCGAGAAGGCUAGUGGUGAUGCGGGAGAGUUUGAACGGGCGAGCACGUAUGCGUGGGAGACACAGGAGCGGGGCGACAAGGACAAGAUUCAUAUGCAAGCCAAUCCAACCGAGGCGCUGCUGUUGAGGAAGAGGAAGGCGGAGGAUGAGCUACAAAAGGCGGAGACGAAGAGGAAGUUGCUUGCGGACAAAUACGGCGAUCAAGCAGCCGUAUCUACGAAACCCAAGACUCUUGCUGCGGGCGUGGAGGCUAGUGAGCGAUAUGUCGAAUACGACGAGCGAGGAAGAAUCAAAGGUGCAGAGGGGAAGAAGAAGGAAAAGAGCAUGUACGCCGAAGACGUCCUGAUUAACAACCACACUUCCRUCUGGGGAAGCUGGUGGAAAGACUUCAAAUGGGGCUACGCGUGCUGUCAUAGUAUCGUUAAGAAUUCCUUCUGCACUGGGGAAGAGGGAUUGCAAGCUGCGAUCGAGGCGGAGAACUUCAGCAAAGGACUCAUGCUUCCUGCUGCUCCUCUCAAAGAAGACGAAGAGGUCUCGCGAGCAGAGGCUUGGAAGGAGGAAGAAAAUAGUGAGAAGCAUGUUCCGAAUGGACAGGAUCGGCCUGAGAAGAGCAAUCUCGAUGAAAGUCGGAGACGGAUGGAGGAGCUCACUGCUGGGGUGACGGAGGCUGAGAUGGAAAAGUAUCGCAGAGCGAAGACGAACUCCAAUGACCCCAUGAUGAAGAUGUUGGGUAAGGAUGAGUUGUUGGAUUGA